GGGCUCAUCAGCCACUACAGCGCAUUUUUGCCUGAGAUGCACCGCUUGCGUGCCCCGUUAAACAAGCUCCUAUCCAAAGGACAACCUUGGAACUGGACAGCAGAAUGUCAGAAUGCCUUCGAACGCGUCAAGUCACUGUUGUCUUCAAACUUGCUUUUGACACAUUUCGAUCCCUCCAAAGAGAUCGUCCUAACCACAGAUGCAUCAAGCCAUGGGAUUGGUGCAGUAAUUGCACACACGUACACCGAUGGAUCUCAAAAAGCAAUCGCCCAUGCCGCCAGAACCCUUACGAAGGCCGAGAAGAACUACAGUCAGAUUGAGAAAGAAGCAUUGGCCAUAGUGUACGCGGUUAAGAAAUUCCACAAAAUGCUAUACGGCCGCCGCUUCAAGCUUCUGACAGAUCACAAACCCUUGCUCGCUAUCUUUGGUUCGAAAAAGGGCAUCCCGGCCUACACAGCCAACAGGCUACAACGUUGGGCUCUUACCUUAAUGGGGUAUGAUUUCGAGAUCCAAUAUCAGUCGACAGUUUCCAUUGGCCAAGCAGAUGCACUGUCACGCCUAAUUGAUACCCGUCAGCAAGAACAUGAAGACACAAUCAUUGCCUCGGUGGAGAUUGAACCAGACGUCAACUUUCUGGUAACUGAUGCACUGCACUGUCUACCAGUUACCGCAGAAGCUGUGCGGACCGAAACACUUCGGGACCCAAUACUCAAGAAGGUUACGCAGUUUCACAAAACAAGUUGGCCACGUUCCUGUCCAUCCGCCGAGUUGCAACAGUAUUUUCAGAGGAGACACUCACUCUCUAUUGUAAACGAUUGCAUACUAUUUUCGGAAAGAGUGGUCAUCCCCAAGACACUUCAGGAGCGCCUUAUUCGACAGUUCCACGCCGGGCAUCCUGGAAUCAACCGGAUGAAGGCGCUUGCCCGCAGUUAUGUAUACUGGCCCUUAAUGGACAAACAGUUGGAAGAAAUAGCCAGACGCUGCCAAAAGUGUGCCGAAGUCUUGAAAGCGCCACCGAAAGCAGAACUCUGUUCAUGGCCAAUAGUUACUAAGCCGUGGUGCCGCAUUCAUGUCGACUUUGCAGGGCCGAUCAACGGGAGAAGUUUCCUCAUUAUAGUCGACUCAUACAGCAAGUGGCCAGAAGUAUUUCUCAUGGAUAACACCACCACCAAUGCCACCAUAUCGAAACUGCGCCAAGCCUUUAGCAGAUUCGGCUGUCCUGAGACAAUGGUCACUGACAAUGGCUCACAGUUUACUUCAGCAGCGUUUAAGGAGUUUUGCAAGCAAUGCGCCGUCCAGCACGUUCGCUCGCCGCCGUUUCACCCACAGUCGAAUGGCCAGGCAGAAAGAUUUGUCGACACAUUCAAGCGAGCCCUCCAAAAAUCAAAAGGGGAGGGACGUAUAGAGGAGGUGGUUGACCGGUUCCUUUUCCUCUACCGAUCAACACCGAAUCCACAAGCACCAGACGGAGUCUCUCCAGCACAGGUUAUGAUGAACCGGAAGCUCCGCAUGCCUUUCGACGCCAUCCGACCGGGCUCGGAGUCCUCUGUUGGUGAAAGAAACCGCAGAAUGGAACAGGAGUUUAACCGGCGGCAUGGAGCAAAGAAGCGAUCAUUCACGCUUGGACAGAAGGUGCUAGUACGUGACUACCGGGAUGGCCAUGCGAAGUGGACGCCAGGGAGGGUCAUAAGCAAGCGCGGAAACGUCAUGUAUGACGUGAAGGUGGGCGCACAGGUCUGGCCGCGGCAUGCAAACCAGUUACGUCCCACAUUGUGCCAGCCAGAACAAGAAAGGCCUACUGACCUCCCGUUCGAUUUACUGGUGGAAACUUUCAACCUGCCGAAGGUAACAGUGGACGACUGCCCAAGGUCGAGCAACGAAUCCAGAACAAGAACAUCGGAACAAAGUUCUCGGGCGCUUCUGCCAAGGAGGUGGACCGACAGGCAGAGAACACCGUCCCGAAGACUGCAAGUUGAUCCCAGGCUUUCCUCUUACACCUCGGAACAUAUCUCAGGAGGGGAGGUGUCCGGGAGAAAGUAAGAAUUGCCUUGGAAAUUCCCUAUUUUAGCGAUUAAUCGAUUAUUAACGAUUAUCGCAUCGAUUUCGAACGUUCCUGAAUGUUCUUCUUCUACACGUGAUCAAAAUCCACCUGACCUCUCGGGAAAAGAUAUGGGGAACCACUAACCUUGGCAGCUGACCUUCCAAUUCUAGAAGUCGAAGGUCAGCAGAGACCUAUAAAUACAGCCAGGGUCCUCAGUCGUUGUACAGUGUUCGUUGGCUGCGAUUAAUACGUUAUUUGUCAGGGUC